GAUAACAAGUUAGGUAGCCCCACAGGUGCUGGCAUGAACAGGAGAGUUAACUUUGGGAUGCUAUUCAGAGGUAGUAAGAAAUCUGAAAUUAGUCCUAAGAAAAAGGCAAAAAUCAGAAAAAAGCUGAUAAAUUUUAAGCAUAGGCGGAGACCUCUGCUGAUGAAUAAAAGUAAAAUGGCAACAGAGAAGAUUCAUGAGCAAGUGAAUGAGAUCGCUGACGACCCUGUGAAAUGCCAAAAUUACUUAAGAGAAUGGAGAAAAUUAAGAAGCAACCGGAACCAGAGCAUUUUACCCUUUCAAUACUUAAAUUUGAAAGAGGUUUAGAUUAAAUUUUUCAAUUUUGGA